GGACCCAUAGGGACCCACAGAAGAGCUGGACCCAUGGACAUGGUUGGAGCCCUCCUGCUGCUGCUGCUGCUGAGCCCCAUUGAAGGCAGCCCCACCCCCGCCUGUGACCCCUCCCUGGCCCCCAUCGCGGGGGGGUGGGCGGAGCCUGUGCUGGGGGGGGCGGGGCUUCGGUACCGCUGUCCAAUGGGGCUCAGCCCCGCCCCCACCGCCCUGCGGCGCUGCGGGUCACGUGGGCAGUGGGAGGAGCUUCCCGGAGGGGCGGAGCCUCGGUGCGUGGCCGUGCACUGCCCCUCCCCCCUGGAGGUGGAGCACGGGUGGGUGUGGCCUCGGGGGGGGUCCUACCCCCCGGGGUCAAAGGUCACCUUCGGCUGCCCCAGUGGCUUCCGGCUCCGGGGACCCCAGAACCUGACGUGUGGGGAGGGGGGAAGGUGGAGGGGGAGCCCCCCGGCCUGCGAUGAUGGAGCGGGCGCGUGCCCGGCUCUCCCCAUCCCCGCGGGGGGGUUCCGGUCGGGAUCGGGUCACGUGAUCGAGGCCGUCGUGCGCUUCCGGUGCCGCCGGGGACUGGAGUUACUGGGAUCAAUGGAGAGACGGUGCCGGGAGGAUGGGACAUGGAGCGGGACCCAGCCCCAGUGCAGGGAUCCCAGGGUCUUCGACACCCCUGAGGAAGCUGCUUCCGGGUUCCUGGCAUCACUGACCCAGACUGUGGAGGCUGCUGAGGCCAAUGAGACCAGAAGCCCCACAGAGAAGCGCCGCAUCCGCUUGGGCUCAGCCUCUGCCCUCAACAUCUUCCUGCUCCUUGAUGCCUCCCAGAGCAUCGGAGCUCAGGACUUUGGGGACGCUCGGGAUGCACUUAGGGGGCUGGUGGAGAAGAUCGCCAGCUAUGGGGCAGCCCCACGUUAUGGCAUCAUCACCUUCGGGACAGAGGCUCAGGUCGUGCUCAGCCCCAUGGAUCCUAAGGCAGCUGAUGCAGCCCAUGUGGAGGAGGUGCUGGAGGGGCUCAGCUUCAAAGCACACGCUCUCCGCCCUGGCACCAACCCUCAGGCUGCUCUUCGAGCUGUCUAUGAGCUCCUGGUGAAUGUACCAUAUCCUGUACCCAUUGAUCCCUAUGGAUCCCAAUGGGCUCCCAUUGAUCUCUAUGGGCUCCCAUUCAUCUCUAUGGGCUCCCAUUGA